CCAACUUCUCGUAGUUUCGCCCCACUCCCACCAUUUCCUCUCCCCGUCUUCCCCCGUCGAUCUCGUCGGCGACACCCACCACUACCCCGCCGUCCGGCCCCUCCCGGCGCCCCACGCCUGCGACCCAGCCACGGAUCCCGAGGAGGCGGAGCCCCGCGAUGGGGGUGGUGAUCGAGCGCGAGGAGUGGGCGCUCACCCCGCUCGCCUACCCGCUGCUCUCCGCCGCUGGCCUCGCCGCCGUGCUCCUCCUCCCCUACUUCUCCGCGAGGGCCGCGGCGCACGCGGCCGGGCCCUCCCCUUCGCCCUUCGACGCGGGUGCCGGCCCCUUCCUCCGGUUCCGCCGCGCCUUCCUCCUCCUCUUCGCCCUCGCGUCCGUGGUCGAGGGGAUCCAGUCCGUGUUCGGGGAGGAUGAGUUCGUGCGGUGUGGGCUUGGCAGGGAGCAGAUGGCCGCGCGCCUUGCCGCUACCGCUGCAGCUGCGCUAUUCCCCGGCGCCAUUUCUGGUGUCAUCUCGGACAAAAUAGGACCACGGAGUGCUUGCAUAUUUUACUGGGUACUUCAGCUUGCAGUGGGUGCCUUAAAGAGUUUCAGUGCGCUUCGUUGUGGAUGGAUCAACAAUUUCAUUCUGGCUCUUGCCUCUUCAGUGUUCUCUUUCUGUUUUGAGACAUGGCUUGUGGUGGAGCAUGAGAAGCAAGAUCAGAAGCAAGAUUUGCUGUUUGAUACCUUCUGGCUGAUGACAUUCUUUGAAUCAGUGUCCCUUAUUGGAAGUCAAGAAAUCACAAAUGUCUUGGUUAGUAAUGGUGACAAUGGAUUCUUGCUUCCCUAUGCAUUUGCAGCCACACUAUCAAUAGUGGGGAUUCUGUAUAUCAGAAAUGCAUCAAGUACCACUCAGCAUGCAUCUGCCAUUGGGAGCUACCAAAAAUCAUUUUUUGCUCAUGUCCUCAGAGACAAAAGAGUACUGAUCCUGGUCUUAGCUCAAGCAAGCAUCCAUUUUGCUGUCUCAGCCUUUUGGUUUCUCUGGGCACCAACCAUAGUGGCUGAUGGAAGGUAUGCUCAACUAUCAGUAAUUUACCCCUGUUUCUUGGCAUCAAGAAUGCUUGGAAGCGCUGGUUUUCCAUGGUUUUAUGGAGCCACAGCUCCUUUCCAGAAUGAGGACAGCCUGACAAUAGCUUACAUUGGUGCUGGACUCGCAUUGUCUAUUGUAGCUUAUGAUUACCAGGAGAUUGGAACAUUGGUGAUACUCUUCUGCAUCUUCCAUGCAUGUGUAGGCUUUAUUUUACCUUCACUAGCGAGAUUGAGAACAAUGUACCUGCCGAAUGAGCUGCGUGGGGGCAUGAUGAGCUUUUCGCUGUCAUUAGCAAAUGCUGCUAUCUUCGUUUUCCUAUUACAGGACGCCCACCGUCGAAACAUUGAAAAUUCAACCAUUCUGGGUCUUGCAUCCUGUGGCCUGUUAGGAGCUGGGGGCUGCAUUCACAUGCUGAGGCGGUGGAGGAAGCACACUCGCCAGAAUGCCCGGAGCUUGUAGGCGCUCUGGGGCAUUCAAGACUCCAGGACAUGUACAACUUACGGGCGAUUUUGUAGCAUGCUAGUACCUCACAUUUUCGUCACCUCCCCCCACGUCUGGAAACUGAUGGUAACACCAUCGGUCAGUGAUCACUUGUGCAGCGUAUCGGGAAGGUAGGUGCAGGACAUGGUGUUGUGCUCAGAGAAAUGAUUCGGUUUGACGGUCGACACAUUCUGUAUACUUGUGAUGUAGCCAGAAAGUUUUCUUUCAAUAUACCGUGACCGCCUGACCGGGGAUGUAAAAUUUAGUUUGACAAUACAUUUUUUUUACCUUGUAAA